AUGUCAGAUCAGGGAAAUUUCUCCAUCCAGGGGUACAACCUUGUCACACUAUUAAAGAGAUUAGAAGCUGCUACAUCGAGAUUAGAAGAUGUUACGAUUUUUCAGGAGAGCAAGUCUGCUGUAGCGGUAGUGGAUGCAACGGCAGCUACAACAAGUGUGGAACCAACUGCACCAAAGUCCACAAUGGCACCUUCCAGUGCAAUUGCGGCUGCACCUAGAAUUGUGUCACCAGAAGUUCCUAAAUCUAUCAAGGAAUUUGAUAAUUUCAUCAAGGAGAAGAUUGAUCCGUAUGUUCAACUAUCACAAGAGAUUGAUGGUCAAUUAGGUGAGCAAGCUGAGUUGUUCAAGGAAGCAAUUGACAGAGAGAGACGGGUCUUGUUGGCUGCAAGCAAGAGUAAAAAGCUCAAUGCUGAAGAUGGGAAAUUCCAGGAGCUAGUUAUCAAGCCCAUCAAUGAGUUGAUUAUGAAGAUAAUCAGUAUCAAAGAUGGCAAUAGAAACAGUGAGAAGUUCAACUAUUUAAAUGCAGUCAGUGAGGGUGUUGCUGUGUUGGGUUGGAUCGUUGUCAACACGCCCGUUUCGUAUGUACCGGAAUUCAAGGAUUCUGCCCAAUUCUGGACCAAUCGGAUUUUGAAGGAAGUUAAGGGCAGUGAAGACGAGAAAGUUGGUACUGAAUGGGUCAAGACUUUUUUGAGCAUUUUCGAUGCCUUGAAAGAUUAUGUGAAGGAGUUCCAUAGCACUGGUAUUACAUGGGGAGGAUCCCAAGAUUUUGAGGAUGCCAUCAAAACCGGUGAUGAGGAAGCUCGCAAUGGUGGUUCUGGUGGUAGUACAUCAUCUGUGCCUCCUCCACCUCCACCUCCACCGCCUGCAGAUUUGUUUGUCGACGAAGUUGCAGCGGCAAAGAACGGUGGUAGCAAUGGCGGCGGUGCCAAUAAGGUUGCAGUCAAGAGUGGAGGCAUGGGGGCUGUCUUUGAGGAGUUGAACCAGGGAGAGAAAAUCACCAGCGGGUUACGUAAGGUUGACAAGAGUGAGAUGACACACAAGAAUCCCGAAUUGAGAAGGAAGAGUGGUCCAAUGCCACCAAAGAAGCCAAAGAAGUUUUCCAGUAGUGGCAACAGUACCAGCACCAGCGGUAACGACGCUGGUGCAAAUGCUGGUGCAGGUUCAAGUUCUAGCGACAAGCCUGUACAAAAGCCUAGCCAGUUUGAGCUUGUUGAUAACAAGUGGAUGAUUGUGCGUUUGACCAAGGAUAUUCUCCCAAAGUACGGUUUCACUGAUGGCAUCCUCAAGAUCGAGGGGUCCAUGGACCAGAGCAUCUACAUGGGGGAUUGUGACGGGGUCAUUGUACAAAUCACAGGUAAGGUGAAUGCCAUCAGCAUGAACAAGUGUCACAAGAGUGGAUUAGUUAUUGACCGGGCCAUCUCUAGUGUCGAUGUUACACAGUGUGAGCGAUGCGAGGUGCAAAUUGUCACAAACGUUCCUGUAUUGAGUGUCGACCAGAGUGAGAGUGUUGACGUUUACCUCUCUAAGGAAUCCAUGGAUGGAAUCUACCUCUACAGCAGUGGAUGUACUGCACUCAAUGUCAAUAUACCAAGGGGUUCACAGGAUGAAGAAGACUUUGAACUUGAGGAAACUGCCAUUCCAGAACAGUUUGUAACGACUUUCUCCUCUGGAUGCGCGAAAACAGAGGCCGUUUUAAGAAAAUGA